UGAUAUUCUUUCGGUAAUACAAAAAAAAAAGUAAGUGUCUGUUUCAAAUUGCUCUAGGUUUGACAGUUGGAGAGGAAGUGGAGGCUGUCAAUUCAUACCUCUCUCGUGUGGCAACGACCACAAAAUACAUGUCCAAAGCAAGACGUACUGACAUGAUAACGAUACAUGCUCGUGGAUGGAACUUGAGGAAGAAGCAGAACUUGCACAGAUACCUGUCUCAACGAUAUGUGAAGACCAAGAAAAGGACUGAUGAAAUGGACAAGGACAUUCAAAACCUGCAAACAAAACUGCAGACAACAGAGGAGGGAAUGAAGCAGUGGGUGAAGGAGGUUGAGGAGUGGGCUGCAUCAAGUCCAAAAUCCACCAACUGCCAGGAUCAACAGGGGCUGCAGCGGGUCAUGGAGGGCCUCGCCCUCAAAAUCAAACAGCGGAAAAUUGAGCUGUACAGAACCAUAGACAAUAACAAAGACCGCAAGCCCAAACGGGAUAUCAUUGCAAAGAACAAGCGGAAACUGGAGGAGGCGAUUGCAGUUUACAACAACCUUGUGCCAGACACAGAGGCUGUUGAUACAGCAGAUGCAGUCCUAAGUCAAGACUUCCCUAUUUGGCCAUGGGAUUCUGCAUCCACAGUCCCCCUCGAGACAAACAAAAUGGCCUUUGACAAAGUCAUGCUGCUCUCUCGACUUCGAGAAGAGGAUGGGAUUCUCAUCAAAGAGAUGAAGAACCAUUGCCGCUACCUGACAGGAUCUUCCAGAGCUGUGCAAAGAGAGAUCCAGCAGAUUGAGAAGGACCUGUGUAAACAGAGCUGUCCUUUUGCCAUGUCCUUGGAAGCAUAUGAGGGGCUGAAGGAUUUAUUGAAAAAAAGGCUCCAGGAGAUGGACAAACAAAUGGAGGAGGCCUUCAGCACAUACAGGAAUGUUUUGAUGGACCCCACUGCCCUACAGGAGGAAGACAAUGAAGGAGAGGAGGAAGUGUGGGAUGCGGAGAUCUGUCUCACCCUUGAUGACACUGACUCCUCUGAUGAUGAGAAGCAACAUUAGCCUCUUCCACUACACUAGGAUGCCGACGUCCUCGGCCGACUUUCCUAUCUUGACAGGUUAAAAGGUUAAAGGUUGAUGUUCCAGGAAAAAAUGUGCAUAGUAAAGUGUA